AGCAUGAACACCGAUGCUUCUAUAAAGGAGGUUCUAAAAACAAUGGCGGAGAACUCCUCUAUUCACGGUGUUUCUAGAUGGGUGACAUCUCGGCAUUGGUAUCAGCGCCUCCUCUGGAUUUUGGUCUUUCUAGCAGCUGCUGGUGUAUUGAGCUACCAGUUAUCGCGUUUAUUCGGAUCUUAUAAAUCCUACCCUGUGAAGACUUCAGUGGAUUUAAAAUUUUCUAGUUUACCGUUUCCAGCUGUAUCUAUCUGUAAUAUGAACCCGAUAAAAAUGACCAAACUUGAUAUGACAAGCAAAGACACACAGAUAGCUAUAAACGGCACUGGAUCGCCUAUUAGAAAGAAAAGAAGUAAAAACCGUAGGUCUAACACAGAAACUAAAGUAUCCUCUUCAUCCCAUUUGUCACCAGAGAACAGUGAUAAAAUCACUAACAUCUUUUCUUCAGAAGAACCGAGAAGGGGACAAGGAAUUCCCGAGCGUCCAGCACCUUCAACGGAGAAACAACCCGACUACUCAUUAACUGAACUCAAUAAAAACCAUAGAAAAUACAAGAACAUUUUUAAAGAAUACAAGAACAUUUUUAAAAACAAGUAUUCCCCAAAAAGUUGGUUGUCAAUAUUAUUGGCAAAGGAAAACAUUAAUAUUGAAGCGGGCAAAAACGAACCAUGGGUUCUGAAGGCCAGUCAAAGGAUCAGAAAAAGAAGUACUGGGUCUGGUGGGACGUUAACUUCAGGGAUUCUAGGGACUAGUGUCCCUCCCGUCACAAACACACCAUCUUAUGCUACUACUAGUUCCUACAAAACUUCUACCAGUUACUACCCCACUUCAACCUAUGGAUGGAUAGGCGCUGAUGGUACCUGGUCUAGUUUUCGGGAUUAUAAAGACGAGCUUGAUCAACAUGUCCAGGAUAAAUGGAACCAGCGAGUCGCUAAAUUCCAAUCAGAAUUUCAAAAGAAUACAAGAAAAACAAGAGAAAUUGUAGGUCAUACCAUUGCUGACAUGUUGGUAUCUUGUGCUUUCAACGGAAACGAGUGUUACCAUAAUAAUUUUAGCCUGUUCCAGUCUUUGGAAUAUGGAAACUGCUACACAUUUCAGGACACCUCGUACAUCACCAAGAGAUCAGGACCUCUUCUGGGUCUACGCCUAACGCUUAAUAUUGAAACUUUUGAGUAUGUAAAGGACUACAUGGAUGCUUUUGGUAUGAGGUUGGUAAUUCAUGAACCUGGAACGUUUCCCUUUCCGGAAGAAGAAGGAUUUACACUGAACCCUCGUUUUGAAACAACCAUAGGGAUGAAAAUGGUUACCAUUCAGCGAGCGUCUGAACCGCAUGGAAAUUGUGAAUCAGGGGAAGAAUUUACACGAAUGUUUGGAAUACGCUACACAAUCCCGGCCUGUUUGAAACUUUGUCGUCAGAGAGAAAUAUUAAGUCAGUGUCAAUGCAUUCCCUCCACUUCAUAUAUAAAGAUUGGCAACAUAGAUUCCCUACCACUCUGUUCAAAUUCAACUGAGGCAAGCGAAUGUGAGGAAUUUCUUGUCUUCAAGUUAGAAAACAAUUUGCUUGACUGUAACUGUCGAAGUCCGUGUAGACAAAAAAUAUAUGACACGAGUUUGUCUGGAAGAGCCUGGCCAAGUCAAAAAUUUUUGAAAGAGAAUAUUAUGGUAGACAUUUGUGAUGGGUCCCGAAAUUGGUUCUUCGCUAAGGAAUGCAAUAAAGUACUAAGUAAUGAUGCAUCAGCAAGUGACAUUGACAGGUUAUCGGAAAACUUUCUAAAAGCCGUUAUUUACUACGAAGAUUUGAACUACGAGGAAAUCCGAGAAGAACCAAUGUAUGAUGGCUUUCAGUUAAUUUCGGAUGUCGGUGGUGCACUUGGACUUUUCAUGGGGGCUUCCAUCCUGAGUUUUGUAGAAAUCUUUCAAUUUUUUAUCGAACUAUUAAAUCUUUUGCGGUCUAAAGUGUUUCGGAGGCCUGCGCGUUCAUUAACACCAGUUACAGACAUUUAUUUCAAGGAACCAAUGGAGAAAGAUGAUCAAGCCUGGUCGAAAUAAU